AUGCCUUUUGGACUGACAAAUGCUCCAGCUGUCUUUAUGGACUACAUGAAUCGGAUCUUCCGACCUUAUUUGGACAGAUUUGUGGUAGUGUUCAUCGAUGAUAUUCUAAUUUAUUCUAGAAGUGAGGAAGAACAUCGAGAGCAUCUUCACAUUGCACUACGGAUAUUGAGGGAUCACCAGUUGUAUGCUAAGCUGUCAAAGUGCGAGUUUUGGCUAAAAGAAGUGAAGUUCUUGGGUCAUGUGGUGUCAGCUCAGGGAGUAGCAGUGGAUCCUAACAAAGUGGACGCAGUACUUAAGUGGGAAGUCCCUAGAUCGGUAACUGAGGUACGAAGUUUUGUGGGAUUAGCUGGCUACUAUCGGCGGUUCAUCCAAGGAUUUUCUCAGAUUGCAAUGCCGUUGACUAAGUUAACCAAGAAGGAUCAACCGUUUGUUUGGACGGAGAAAUGUGAAUCAGCAUUCCAAGAGCUGAAGACCAAGUUGACUACAGCUCCAGUACUUACUCUUCCAACCCCCGGAGUACCUUAUGUUCUUUACACCGAUGCGUCACUAAAGGGUUUGGGUUGUGUGCUAAUGCAGAACAAUAAGGUGGUGGCAUACGCUUCCAGGUAG